AUGAAGCUCGGCCUUGGUCUCGCAAAGCUCGCGCCGCUAGUCUCGCUCACCGCGGUCGCAGUCGCGGCAGCAGACUGCCCCGACUACACCACGUUCUCGCAGAGCCCACAAGGCAGCCCGUCUUCGGGACCUCUGGCGUUGCCGUACAUGCGCCCCGCGCCGGAAUGCCGGACGUUCAAUAGCACGGCGGUAGAACAAGUCAUUGAAGACAUGAAAAACCGCUUGAAGGAUCCCGACUUGGCACGUCUAUUUGAGAACACGUUCCCCAACACGCUCGACACUACUGUCAAGUACUUCAAUGAGACGGAGAAUCUGGCCUUCAUCAUCACUGGCGUAUGUUCUUCCGCUCAGUGGUUGCGCGACACGGCCAACCAGUUCGCUCAUUACCACACUUUGCUAUCAAGUGACAAAGAGCUAGCGACACUCGUGAAGGCAGUCAUCAACAACGAAGCGCGUUACGUCUCUCAGUACCCCUACUGCGGCGCUUUCCAGCCUCCCCCCGAGAGCGGACUCGCGCCCUCUCACAACGACUGGGCGGACGGCGUGACGGUGAACCCUCCUGUCAACAACCAGACCGUCUUUGAGUGUAAAUAUGAGAUCGACUCGCUCUGCGGUUUCCUGAAGCUCUCCCGAUCAUACUACAAUGCCACCAAAGACGACUCUUUUAUGAACGACAACUGGUUCUCAGCCAUCGACCAGAUCUUCAACGUCAUCUGGGAGCAGUCCCAAUCUACGUUUGACGACGACUACAACCUGGUAUCGUACUACAACUGGACGGGUGGAAAUGGUGCACUCUCUCCCGCCGUUCCUAACCGCGGAAACGGCGAGCCGAAGUUGUACACUGGUCUUGUGGGUACGCACCAUCGGCCAUCCGAUGAUCUAAGCACGUUCGCCUUCUUGACGCCCGCGAACGCGAUGUUGAGCGUCGAACUUACACAUCUGGCCAAGGUCCUCGACGACACCAAGAAGGCUCAUAACAUCAGCGCAGCGGCAAAGAAGUACAGCUCCGUGAUUGAGAAGGCCAUGUGGAAGACGACUGUGGUGAACAACAUUUUCGCGUACGAGACGAAUGGUUUCGGGGGGAGAUACGUAAUGGACGACGCCAAUGUGCCCUCGCUGCUCUCGCUCCCGUACUUAGGCUUCCUCGACAAGGCACAUCCGGCUUAUGUGGCAACGCGCAAAGUCCUUUUGUCGAGGCACAACCCCUACUUUUCAGCAGGGAAAACCUUCAGUGGCGUUGGCGGGCCACAUGUCGACGCGUGGCACCCAUGGCCCAUGUCGCGGAUUUCUGCGAUCUACGGGACCGAUGACGACGACGAAAUCAUGACGUCGCUCUACAUGAUCGCCAACAACACGGCUGGUCUCGGCCUAAUCCACGAGUCCGUGUCCAUCUACAAUGGCACCGACUACACGCGCCCGUGGUUCGCGUGGGCGAACAGCUACUUUGCAGAAAUGCUCCUGGACCUCGCGCAACGCAAGCCGCACCUUGUGUUGAAGGACGGCAAGCCGUAUGUCCCCGGCGCAUGA